AUGGAUGCAAGAUUAGAUGUCAAUGCUCUGGGCAUUACAUCAACUCUUAUAUCUAGAUUGUUUGAUAAUCUAUCGGUUUCGAUUGACACUACGCUGCAAUCGAUCAACGAUGCAUCGCAACAGCAACAGGCAACCGCUGCAGCUGCCGGUAUUUCAAGUAGUCAGUCACUGAGGAUGUCACGAGGAAACACUCUGCUUAGACGAGUUACAAACAUCAAUAACAGUGGCAGUGGAAGUGGCAGUGGCGGUGCCGCGAUUGGCACGAUCGCUUCCUCUACCAACAAGAUGCUCAAUGCACUCUCCGAUCCAGGCGGCGAAAAAGAGUGGACAAACUUUGCGAGAUCGUUCUGGUUCUAUCAUCCUUCGUUGAUGCUCAUCUCUGAAUCCUCAAAGAAUUGCAAGUCAUCUGCAUUGCGGCUACUUCUCGAGUUGCUGCCUCGGCACAUUCAACAACUAGCCCCGCAAUCGGGACCAAUUACCGGUGGUUCCAUCACCUUUGGUAUGGGAUCGCCACCAGCCACCUCACCCAUUCUCGCCGCACUUAAUCCAAAUGGAAGUGUAGGUCGAUCAUCAUCAAACCCAAAUCAACAACAACAACAGCAUUUCAAUAUUAGCAAUAACAGUGGUAGUGGGAGUAACAGCAGUAACAAUAAUAGUAAUAGUAAUAACUUAUUAAAUGUUAAUAAUAGCGGUAAUAAUAUAAAUAAUAAUAAUAAUAAUAUCAGUGGUAGCGGCAAUAGUAAUAAUACAAGUCCUACUUCAAUUGGAUAUGGAGUUGUUUCGACGUCGUUAGUGUCGAUUCUCUCGUCGUCGUCGAGUUCGCAAACCAAGUUGUUUAGCUUCGAGUCGUUCCUCAGUUCGAUCACUUGCAGUAUCUAUCAGAACGAUCUCAAAUAUCUCGAUUUGAUAGAGUCGACUGUCGAGAUUGUGGUGGCCGACAUCAUAACACAGAUACUCGGUAGUUCACCGGCAUCGUCCAUAAACGAUCAACUAAUGAACCGACUUCGUGAUUUGGCAUUCUACUACUUCAAACCAAUCGCACCACGCUCACUCAACGUAACAACAUGGAUUGCACUCAGACUAUCGAUUGCAGAUCAAUGGUCAUUAAUUUUAGGUCAACUUUCACGUCUAUCUUUAACACCAAUUUAUAUGAGUUUAAAUAAGGUUAUAGGUACUAAUCCAUCUGAAGAAUUAAUACCAACAUUUAAAGGAAUUAGAUGGUUAUCUCUGAAUAUGUCAGAUAAUGAAAGAAUGAAUGAAGUUGAGAAAUUGUUGGGUCAAAUGUUAUAUUGGUUGGAAGGAAACAAAAAGAAUAAUUUGCGAUUGGCACAGUUGGAAGCGUUGGAUGGAAUGUUGUUGUCGAUGUCUGAUUUUACAAUGUCGACUGGCAUUGUCGAUAAGAUGAAAGCGGUUCCGUCGGCCAAUAUAAAUACUCGUGCCAUCUCCAACGAUAUCAUCUACGUCAAGAAGGAAGAGAUCCAACUGACAUUCGAAACAUUCCUCACCAAAUCAUUCAAGUACUGCGAAGAACAAUCCGGUGGUGACAACGCACCGACCGCUGCCGAUCCACUGCCAAUAUCCACCCAAUUCGAACCGACCAUCUCGCUCUACUCGCUCAUCUCUGACCAAACAUCAGUCCACAAAUUCGAAUCGGAAUCAACCGUAGAAGCAAUCAAACGUUGGUACGAUGUCUGUACCAAAUCCACUGAACAAAGAGAACGUGAAUUCUCUGAUCAAUAUAGAUCAAAUUCAAUUAGUUUAAUAAGUAAAGUGUAUCAAUGGGAAAGUUCAAAUUCAUUACCAGGACCAGCAUUAGAACCUUAUCCAUUGAAGAAAAAGACACCAAAGAGAAGAACUAUCAAUCCAGAGUUGUUAGAGUUGUUUAAGGAAACGAUUCGUUGUAUUACUUUUAUGCCAAAGAACUUCUUGGCACAUAGUACUUUGCACAAGUUGGUGUUGCACGAAGAGGAUGAAAUCGCUAUGGCUGCAUCACAUGCCAUUCAGGUGAUUAUGUGUGAUCAUCCAGAGCUGAGAACAUCUCUCGUUCAGGGAUACACCUCAUUGAUUCUCCAAUAUGUUGGAAAAGACCAUGUUGCUUUACAAACACUACUCUCACAGCUGUUGGGUCUGAUCGAUCUCUGGAAUGAACGAUCGUUCAUUGAGUCACGUCAUUCCUCUGUGCCACUGGACUCUUCUUUCUACCCACCAAAGAUGUUGGAGACAGAGAUUGAAGCGUUGGGUCUUGUGCAUAUGACAUCACCGAAUCCACAGACACGUAUGAUUGCAUUGCAAUUGGUUCGAUCGAUCUCUGGUAUUCGUAACACUGAGAUUACAAACACUCAGAUCGCCAGUGUCUUACACAACAGUUGGCGAACUAUAAUUCAGCGUGCCAGACACCAAUUGCUACUCGAUAAUUCCUGUGGUGUUGACAAGGAGAUUAAGCUUGGACCAAACGACGAUCUUCCAACGAUUGAGGAAUUGGCAUACAGUACUCACGAUCGACUUUGGGCAUUUACUCUUUGUGAGAUAGGACGUGCUGCUGUCGAGCAAGACUGCGUGCGUACACUCUCGAAAACUCGUGGUAUCCUGUUGGGUAUUCUCUCGUCUAUGCCCGCACCAACCAUCGAGCAGACAACCGACGAAGCCAAGCGACAUGCCUCCUACACUCAGAGAUACCUGUGGAUCAAUUGUCACUCACUGAUGUUCUCGAUAUCCGGAAUCAGCUCGGAAUAUCCACUGAAGCCGCCAGCCGGAGUCGAUCCACUGGUCGACGAAAUGAUCAAUUUCGAACACGCUCUUCAAGCCAAGAUUACCAAUUAUCUACCGAGUUUCUGGGCUGGACUUCUCUCUGACGUUGGAUGGAUGCGUGAGAAACUCUCGUUUAUUUGUGGACUGCUGCAUUGGCGUCUGUUGCCGUGUGUCAUCGACUCACUCAAUCGAUGGUGGACAGCCAACAAGAUGAAUAAAAAGUUGGCAAGAGUGCGUGUCGAUCUCUCUAAUAUCUUUAGACGUAUCUCACAGCACAGGAACUUUGGUCGUGCACUUGCCGAGUCGAACGACUUGAUUCAGGUGUUUGUGCAGUUCAUCCAGCAGAUCGAACCGAUCUUUGGUGAUGCCACUAAACUUCCAUCGUUGGCACACUCUAGCUAUUUCGCUGACAAUGCAGUGGUUCUCGAGGGUAUGGAACUGAAUAAGCGGUUGGCCAAGAAAGACUCGAUUGCGCGUGAAGAGGAGCGUGCCAAGAUCAACGCUGAACUGACAAAGAUCCGUACUUGUUCGCGUCUGGCUGCCGAAGCAAUUCUCAGACUUGGAACAUUGUUUGAGGAGGGACAUCUCCAAGACGAUGUUAUGUCAUGGGUAAUCGAUUCCGAAUUGAAAGGCAAUCGUAUUCUCCGAUGGGUGUUAUCCUAUCACUUUGACGAAACCUAUGGAUUCUUCCUCAACAAGUCGUAUGCCUCUAUCGACAAUCCAUCGGAAUCCGUUCUCUAUCUACAUUCCAUCUAUGACCAAUACUUGCCUAUUCCCGCACCGAAUCCACCAACUCUUGGUAUUAGCGAGGAUAUCUAUCAAUAUUACUAUGAAAAGGCGUUGGAGGAACGUGCUCAAGAACAACUGGAAAACGAACCGGUAACAGCGAUGGAUCGUAACUUUGCCAGAAGACUUACAGAGAUUGGAGCUUCUCUCUUAUAUUUAUCGUGUCUCAAUUUGCUGCAUCCUGCAUUCCUGGCACGUAUUCGUUCGUUUGACUUGAUUGCCCGUCUCUCUCCGAAUGCAUUUGGUUUGCUUCUUGAGGAAGAUGUUGCUGUGCGUGCUGCUCUCCUUCCGAAGCGUCAGUCGUUCGCGUCGAGAAUCACACCGACCUGCAAGCAGAAUGCAAUCGAAGUGUCAGAGAUUGCAUCGGAAUCCUGUGCCGCUUGGACAGAACGUUUCUUUGAAGAGGCAUUCACACGUUACACUCAGUUGUCUGUUGCCAACCGACGUUGGACAGUGCAACUGCUACUGCCAUGGUGUAAGAAUGUCUCGCUUUCCAACACCUCUGAGAAUGGACGUCUCAUGAGAAACACCCCAGGUCGCUUCUUGAUGGCUAUCUUCAAGAUGACCGAGCUACUCCAAGAGAGCAUUCCAGACUCAAAGAACUCUGAGAUCAGUCAGGAACUGAUCGAUCUUUGGUUGGCACUGGCACGUCGUGAACCUGGUAACCUGUCGACCAUUGUCAACUUUUUGAUAAAGAAGGGUGUCGCCACCAAGGAAUCAAUGAGAAUCUGCAAGUUGCUACUUCUCCAGAUCUACAGAUUGAAUCCAAAUGCAACACUGGAACCAUUGGUAUUCCCAUUGAGUUAUGCAGGUGUUGUUGCCGAACGUCGCUCGGAAUCGAUCGCAGAGAUGACACCUCCACCCAACGGAACCAACGCAAACGCCGACGACAAAAAGACAGCGAAAGCACAAUCCUCAAAGAUUCGUGAGGUCUGUGUAAAGUUUAUCAGUGACUUGAUCUCUGACAACUUGAGACCAAUCAUUCCACAUCUUCAUAUUCUAUUCAACUACUCGCUAUUGAGAAUCGACUCUACAACCGAGGGUGAAACCCUUGUAAAGAUGAUCAAUGUUCUACUGUCGGCCAUUAGAAACAGUAUGUAUGCACAGAUGUCACAGGAACCUGAGGAGCAGAGAUACCACUUCCGUGCGGUACUUAAAUCGAUUGACACUAUCGUCACCAGCUUGCGACUCCCAACAUUCCAAAUCAAAUUCAAUUUCCACGAUGGAAAGAAGGAAACCGAUAUGAUUGGAUUGAUCGAUGGUAACUCCUCAGGCAACUCGACCAAGAAGAUGAAAAAGAAAGGUGCCAACCCAACUCUUUUGUCGACUUCGGCACACAUCCCAGUGCCAAAAGGUGGAAGAUCUCCUGGAAGCGGAUCACCUCUACUCGAUGGCAGUAAAGACGAUGUCAUUGAGCAUCGAAAUGAGAUGAUCAAGUGGUGCAACGGUUACAUCUAUGUAGAGGAGCUUAUCACUGUGCUCUGCAAGUACUGUGAACUCUCGACACCCUCCACAAUCGACAAAUGGGAGGCGGAAUCGCUGUUGUGGAUCAAGAACUACAAAGAUCCAAGAAUCUCAAUCAAAGCUUGUCAGACCUAUCGUUCAAUCAUCUAUUGUCAACAACAACUGCCAGAUAGCUUGAAAGAUGCUUCAAAGACUUCAACUCUUAAACGUCAACGUUCUCGUUGGACAUCGAGUGUGGAGCAUCUCGUUGGUUUGCUGCACGAUUGGACCGAGGGAUUGGAUGCUUUCAUCCUUCGUAUCAUCGCUGCCACAUCGGACGGUAGCAGCAACCGCAGUGGAUUCGGAUCGACUUUCAACAAGCAACUGCAAGCUGCACACGACCAGCCCGACGCCUACAACCGCACACUCUGCGUUGAGCUACUGCUAGCGCUGAAACAGAUUGUCCAGUCACAAAACAUUGAUGAGUUGUCACUCUCCUCGAUAUUCUGGAGUGCUGCUGCCUAUUUGCCUGCGCAACACCGUUACUAUGAGCCACUCUACGAGACUGCUCUCGAUCUUCUUCACCUCUUGGUAGUCGAACAAAAGAUCUUUGAAAGUGCACAGUCUUCUGUUUAUCAAGAGAUUCUUCGUCGUGCCAAAGAGAUUUCAAUUCCACGUGGAAUCCAAUAUCAUCUCUUCAAGGGUAUUCUCACACCUCUAACAGAGGAACUUGCCAGUCCAUUGAUUAUUUCGUAUUUCUCUAUACCGGAUAAUCAGUUGGUCGACCCAAUUGGUGCACCAUCGCGCUAUCUCCUUCCGGUGCUUGCUCUCACUCCUUGGUUGCACAACAAGAUUCUCACAUCAAAGUCAUCGAUUGUCUACAAGGAACAAAAGGUCAUUGCCGAUAAGAUCUCUCUUGAUCUUGCUGAGCUUUUGUUGGAUCGUAAACGUUUGCCACAAGCGGGUAACCUCUCUGAGAUUUUCAGUAAAUACUCUCGUGGUGAAUAUAAUUCUAAUCCCGAUGAAUUCUUGGUGUCUGUAGUCGAAUCGAUUCGCUCUGUUUGUAUUCCAGAGUUUGCCAAUCAUUGUGCAGAUCUCAUGGGUAACAUGCUUGACAAUUCACAGCUACUGAGCAACUCGAUCCUAAAGACAGUUAACCUACUGCUAAAGAAUGCACCACUCAAUGUCAUCCCAAUGUUUAAGAACAUAAUAAAGAUGGCAUGCGAAGUUGGUUCUGCUUCACCGAUUGCCGGUGACUUUAUUCACUUGGUUACAUCCAUCAUGAAGACCGAGGUGAUCACUGCAAGCAAUUUGCCACCGAUGUUGAUUCCAUUCGACAAGACACCUUCAGAGAUUAUCAAACAGCUCGUACCAACAAAGGCACCGGAGAACGGUAACCAGAAACGUGGUCGCGGUCAUCGUAGAAAUAAAUCGGGUAUCACCGACCAUCCAUCACUCAAAGAGAAGGCUGCCAAUGAGAAGAAGAACAUGCCAGUUGCACCACCGAAAUUCUCCAAUGUAUUCAAUCAGCAUCCAACCGCAGCAACUGGACUUCCACAACAACAGCAGCAGCAGCAACAACACGCUCAACAUCAUCAACAAGCUCAACACGCUCAACUACAACAGCAGCAACAAGCACAUCACCAAGCAGUUCAAGAAGUAAUCGCUGGUAACUCCCCAUCGAAAGGCGAACUUCCAGAUACAUUGUCUGAGGAGUAUGACUUUGAGUUUGGUGAUGACGAUGAAUUGAAAGAAGUCGACGAUAUCAUUCACGAAUCACUCACCAUAUCAAUGCAAAAAUCAUUGUGGCGAACCUCUGAUGAAUACAAUGUCUAUCUCGACGACAUUGAAACUGACUUGACCGACGGCCUCGAUGAUUUGAAGAUUGGCUUGGACGGUGUCGAUACCGUUUCACUUCUUAGCAAGUUGAAUCCAACUCAAUCGCUAUUGAAUAUCAAUAUUCCAGCUAGUUUAGCUCAGUCUCAAGUCGGAAACCUAGGCAAAUCGAUACUCAAUAACAAUACACAUGCCUCCAUUUCAAAGUCGUCAAGUAGAUCCAACGAGAAACUGGUAGAAGAAUCAAACAAUAAUACAGGUAAAUCGACUGUCAAACAACAACCACAUAACAAUAGCAACAACAAUAACAACACUGCUACCAGCCACCAUCCUCAACCAGAUGUCUCAAUCGAUAGUCUACGUGAAUUGUUAAUGACAACCGAUGACGGACCUUCGGUUAUUACUGAAUCCUAUCAAAUCGAUCAACUACUCUCAAACUUGAAGGAUCUAGAUCAAUCAAUUGAUUUCGAUAAGUUGGAUGUUGAUUCUAUAGACUUUAAUGAAUCAUUCCUCACUGUUUCUACAGCCAAUCCUUCUCAGAAACUAGCUCAAUCCGUUCAAGCUCAGCCAUCUGCUCAGCUCGAUGGUAUAAGAAGUAUCUUGGCCGAUCCAAAACGAAGACGUGCAUUCCUUGACUAUCUAAAGAAACGACACUUCCAGCGUGCCGUAAACGAUGUUUGCUUUGUUGAAGUCGUUCAAGACUUUAAGACCGAUGUAUCAAGUGAUGGCACUGGUGAGUUGGGUGGUGAUGGACUUGCCUAUCUGAUGCGUCAUAUCGUUGAAGGUUUCGUUUUAGAAAAUGCACGUCAUUCCAUUUCAAUCACUGAAACAGUAAGACAAGAUGUAAUCGACUCCUAUCAAGUAUUCGUCACAAACAACAACAUGGACCCAACCAUAUUCGAUGUAGCAUUUGAAAUGGUCAUUGAUGGAUUAAAACCAAUUUUAGAUGAAUUCCUGAAAUCUCAAUGA